GGGGCGGAGGUCGGGGGAGUUUCUAGCCGUGGUCCAACCAAUCCCUAUGCCAUAAUUGAUCGGGUCGCUGGCGUGCGACCAGCCGAGGGCAGCGUUGUAGCUUGUGUUUGCAGAAGAGAUACAAAGUUCUUUUACACUUUCAAAGCAACCGGUAAAACUCCGACCUUCUCAUUUUAGCGUGCCUUGGAAAUCCUUGGAUAUUACCGGCGGUUAAGAGGCGAAAGGCUAUACAAUCCUUGGCAGUGUUCUGAGACUGUAUAGCCGACGCUGACAUUGUUGCUGAGAGGAAUUUGAAAUGGCAAUGGACUUUUUUUUUUAAACAAGCAACGGAACUUCACUUUCUGUUAUUUAGAACCGUGUGUGCGCAACUUGUUUUCGGUUCGAGCUGAAUCUGACGCGACCAAAGUCUGCUUGAAUAUCGGAAAUUACCAAGUGAUCUUGGAAACAUGACAGCUGAUAAAGACAAGAAAAGGAGUACGUCGGAGCGGCGGAAGGAAAAGUCUCGAGACGCGGCGCGGUGCCGGCGCAGCAGGGAGACAGAGGUGUUCUACGAGCUUGCCCACCAGCUACCCCUGCCUCACAGCAUCAGCUCUCACCUGGACAAGGCCUCAAUCAUGAGACUGACGAUCAGCUUCCUCCGCACACGCAGACUUCUCACAACAGUCUGCAAGACCAGCGAAACAGAAGUGGACAGACAGAUGGACAGGCUUUAUCUGAAGUCACUGGAAGGCUUCAUCUCUGUGGUAACAUCAGACGGAGACUUUAUCUUCCUGUCGGAGAAUAUCAACAAAUUCAUGGGUCUGACACAGGUUGAACUCACGGGACACAGCAUCUUCGACUUUACCCACCCCUGCGACCAUGAUGAAAUCCGGGAGAAUCUCAGCCUCAAAACUGUAGGUUUGGGUAAGAAAGGCAAAGAGCUGAGCACACAAAGGGACUUCUUCAUGAGAAUGAAAUGCACAGUGACAAACCGAGGACGCACAGUCAACCUCAAGUCAGCCAGCUGGAAGGUCCUGCACUGCAUGGGGCAUCUGAAGGUAUACAACAGCUGUCCUCUGCGUGUGCUGUGUGGGUUUAAGGAGCCUCCCCUCACCUGCAUGGUGAUGAUCUGUGAGCCUAUCCCUCACCCCUCCAACAUCGACACGCCGCUCGACAGCAAGACCUUCCUUAGCCGGCACAGCAUGGACAUGAAGUUCACCUACUGCGAUGACAGAGUGACUGACUUGAUGGGCUACAGUCCUGAAGAUCUCCUGGGUCGCUCUGUGUAUGGGUUCUACCACGCCCUUGACUCUGAAAGUGUCACCAAAAGCCACCAGAACUUAUGCACUAAAGGGCAGGCUGUGACUGGUCAGUACCGGAUGCUGGCCAAGCAUGGGGGCUACGUGUGGGUGGAAACCCAGUGCACUGUCAUCUACAACAGUCGCAAUUCCCAGCCACAGUGCAUUGUGUGUGUUAAUUACGUUCUGAGUGACAUUGAAGAGAAGACUACAGUCUUUUCUGUAGACCAGACCGAGUUUCUGUUCAAGACCCAUAACAUGCGAGAUUUCCUCAGCCGGGCCGGGUCGGCUGUGCCCGGCGAGGCAGCCGGAACAAUCUUCACCAAGCUCAAGGAGGAACCCGUAGAUCUCAGCCACCUGGCACCGACGCCUGGCGACACCAUCAUCGCCCUCGACUUCAAUCGUCCUCCGUACGAGGACGUGUACCCUGUGGGCAGCGAGGCUCCUCCCAUGCCAACCCACUCCGUCGGCGAGGACCUGAAGCCAAGCUUCACUGCAGAGGUGCCCAAAACGGCCGCUACGUUCUCCAUGUCUCAGGCUCCACUAUCCAGCAGCGCCACUCUCAGCCUGAGUACCUGCUCCACACCCAGUAGCCCAGGAGAUUACUACAGCUCGGUGGAUAACGACUUGAAGAUGGAGCUCACUGAGAAACUGUUUGCUCUGGACACACAGGAGACAAAGAGCGCCUGCAGCCAAGAGGUAGACGCUGAGCUGAGCGAUCUGGAUCUGGAGACGCUGGCCCCUUACAUCCCAAUGGACGGUGAGGACUUCCAGCUGAAUCCCAUCUGCCAGGAGGACGCCUCGUCUGAGGCUGCCACUCUGGGGGUCCCUCAGCAAAGCUUCUGUAACAUCGCCAGCCUCUUCCAGCCAUUGACCCCACCUCCACCGGCCCACUUCCAGCACAGCGUGCUCCCAGGCAGGGAGAAGCCGACACCCACCCCUGCCUCCCUGGACCCCUGGCCACCCAUAUCAUACUUUGGUCCCAUGCGGAUGCCCGUGUACCACAAUCCAUCCAGCACACCUCUGUCCUCCAUGGGCGGGCGCCAGAACCUGCAAUGGCCACCGGACCCGCGGAUAAAUUACCCGGGUGCCAAGGUGGGCGGGAUGGACUCUUUGGCAGCGAGCUGUUCCUGCCAGCCCGUGCCAGAAAAGCGGAUGCCUCUGUACAGGCAAAGGUCCGUGGAGAAAUUUCGGCCCAGCGAGGCCUACAGAGACAUGAGCCCAGCUCGGCUCGCAAUAGCAAACAGCAUGAAGCGCUCCUUCUCACAGAUGAACAUGGGGGAAGCAUCGGCAUCUAGGGUGUCGGAGAUGAUGUGGAAAAAGAUGAGGAAUGAGCAAUGGGCGGUGUUGGAGAGAAUGUCUCACAGCACCAGUGCCUUAUCAGGUGUAGUAAGCCGCCUCCUCGAGCCCUCCUUUGAGACGUGCUGUCUGCCCGAGCUGACGCGCUAUGACUGUGAAGUUAACGUCCCGCUACACGACAGCCUGAGACUGCUGCAGGGCAGCGACCUGCUCCGAGCGCUGGACCAGGCCACCUAGAGCAGCGUCGGUGGGAUUAUUUAACCCCUCUAUAUCGCACACCCACAGUAUCAGCCGCAGUCCUGACUAUACCCAUCAUCAUACCAGAGCUAACGCCCACGCGUCUACCAUACCACAUUACAACAAGAACGUAGCUUUGAUUCUAUUUUUACUGUCUUUCUAAAUUAAAUACUUUAUACAUUAUAAAACUAUAUAUAUAUAUAUAUAUAUAUGUAUAUAUAUAUAUGUAUAUAUAUAUAUAUAUAUAUAUAUAUAUAUAUACACAUACACACACAUAAAAUAUAUUAUUUUAGUUACAAAAGCUUUCUUAAUGAGUUUAUUUUUUGUAUUAGUUUAUGUUUUACUGUUGCAGAGUUGUAUUGUCCUUGCUGGCUAUUUUUGUCCUGAUUUUCUGUUGAACUUCUCUUUCUGUUUCUGUGCCUCUGUCAGACAUUAAAAGCAGCAAUCUACUGUCUUAAAGAAAGAUGAUCUACUGUAAGAAUGUUAUUUGUCCUAAAAUGCUGUUUUCCCUAAUAACCUUCCUCCCUCUGACUCUUUGACCUUUCACCUCUGAUAUUUAUGCAUGUUUAAGUGCCCUUUCUCUUUAGUUCAUACUGGAGGUGCUGCACCUUUCUCCACUUUGUCAGUCCCUCUCUCUCUCUCUCUCUCUCUCUCUCUCUCUCUCUCUCUCUCUCUCUCUCUCUUAUUUGUUCUUCAGCUAUUGCCAUUCACAUGGUGACCACUUUAUAUACUUUCAUUUUUGUCAUUUUAGCUGUAAACACAAUAUUUAAAGGAAGAUGCUCUAAAGUUUCUACUAAACUUCUCUAUAUUGUAAGAGUUGUAGCGCUCAAUGCCUGGGUACUUUGUCUGAUCUACUCAGUAGAUGCUGACAUGAGUACUGGUUUUAAGCGGUCUGUAGUGCUGGUAUCAGUUCAAUUCUAGUGGCAUUUUUUUUUCUCUGUGAUUAUAUUUGUUGGCUGGCCAGUGCAGUUUUAUUCUUGCUAAAAGAGAGAAAGAAAACACCCUAGUGAAGAGAUGUUUUAAAUAAAAAGGUUCUGCUCUUGAGAUGUAGCAAAAUAGAUAUUUUAAGAGUAAAUGUUAUAUUCAAAAAUAAUCACUGCCUUUAAUAUAUCAGUUUAACAGUAUUUCUGUCACUUCAGCUGAGGUUGUCUUUAAAGUUGAAUCGCCUUUAUUGAUAGUUUACUGUUUACCUAAUUACUGAAGUUUGACUAUAGCAUCCCUUUCAUAUACACAAAUAUUUAAUAGUAAUAGUUGUUGGCUAUCCAAUCCGCUGUUCAUACACGCACAUACACACACAUGCUCCACAAAUGUGUCUUUGUUGUUCAGAGUUAACCUGUAUGAAGCAUUAAGUUGUAGCUAGACCUCCAGUUAAAUCCAGUUACGUUUUAAUCCCACACCUGGGAUGUAUUGCUAUAUGGUGGACUUUAUGGUGAGACAACCAACGGAACAGAAAGUAGUUGUUGGAUCUUUCUUUCCAUAGAUAAUUCUUAGCUGUAAUUUAUGGACUACAAUUUUAAAAUAAUAUUGCAGUAAGCUUCAGCUGAUUUAAGUCAAACCUGCUUUUGCGUUUAUCCAUUUGAUAAGAUAUUUAACAUUUAACCACAGCAGGUUGACAGAGCCAGACCAAGAUACUGCACUAGGAGUUUUCAGGGAUGCAGAUUACAGCUCCCAAUCCCAGAAAAUAUUCCCCUGAUGCACUUUCCCUCUUAAAAUAAAGAUUCCUCCUUCUAAUCUGAUAUAGUGGUAGAAAGUUGUGUACAGUAGACACAAUAUCAGCUCAAUGGGAGAUGGAUAGACAGAGAGAGACACCAUUUCUCCCUGUAGUGAGUGACUGAGAGAUACCGAUCUGCUCAGCCUGCCCACUGAUGCUGAUCUCUCUGGUCUCACAGCCUCGCUGUGCUUCUCUUUCCCAGUAUUGCUGUAUUUAUGAAUUGUUCCAGUGAGAUUAGAGGAAGACAGUCACUGCAUUUCCUGAGCCAAGUUGAGUGGAACUCAGGGCAUUUCCCAAACAUUGCUGGAUAAAUCUAACAAUUAUGCUUGCUUAUCUUGGUUUAUCUUUUGGAGAUCUAGAGAAAAUAAACAUAGGCCAUGCUCAAAACUAAAGCCAAGGAAAUAAAACGAUUCAACUGAGAAUAACUCAUGGUAUUUCAUGUAUGGAGACCAGACUCAGUUUAAGAAGAUAUUAGAUUUGAGCAAUACCACACAGGUAUUGUUUUUGCUAUACCACCAUUUUAUAAAGGUGUAAAACAUGUUUGUUGGUGUUAUGUGCCCCUGACAUGCAUUUAGUCCAUCCAGUAUCCAAAGUUGUCUGUUAAAUAACACCUUAUAAAGUUUUGCUCACUGUUACUUUAAUUAACUAUCAGAGUAAACACAUUUAUGUUUGUCACAUUGUAUUAUGGUUUGAUUUAAACAAUGUGGUAAAAAUUUCACAACUUUGUUAAGUUUCAAGUUCAUUUGAGACGCUACUUAUUCAUACAUGAGCAGAAUACAUGUUGGACAAAAGGACCUAGAAUUUAUAGUUUCACUUUUGUUGUGAUCUGUCGCUGUUUUUCAACUUUAAAGACAAUACCAGCUUACUUAAGUUAAAUAAUUUGCAUGGACAGUCUCCAAUUAUUCAAGUAAGAUUUUGGAUUAGUUAGUCAUAAUACGCAAUCCUCAGUUAAUAUUGACAAUGAUUAUGACAAAUUAUUAUUGUUGACAUUACUGUAUGGGAAAUUUUACCCAAUAAGAAGUUGUAUCUCUGCACUGAUAUAUUAUUAAAGCAUAUUGAUCUUCAUA